UUUGCUCGUGAAUUACUUAUCGGAUCUAGUCGGGUAUAAGUAAGACCCAGGUUGUGAUCAUUUCCAUCGACUUAUCCCAACCUUUCAGUUUCCGUAUCGAUACAGUGCAGAUCAUACUGACUUUUCACCUCUUGGGUUCGAGGCAAAAGAGGGUUAGCAAGGUAGCAAGUUGAGCAGCGAUGGCAGUCUCCGCAGCCGUCUACGCCUUGUGUGUGGUGCUUUGCAUCUGCAGCUUUCAGACAUCGGUGUUUGCAGCGUCCAAGACGCUGAAACUGACGUACUACGCUCACGAGACCCGCGGGGGACCCAAUGCCACCCUCUUGCCUGCUGCUGGAACCGGGCAGGGCAACUUCAGCGCCCUCGGAUGGGGAAGUUUCCUUGUGUUCGACAACAGAUUGAAGCAAGGAGCUGCACUCGACAGCAAGUUGCUGGGCAGAAUCACAGGGUUCGGAGUUCUGUCCACCAUCGGAGGAUUGCCAACGGGAGGCGUGCAGGUCACUAGCAAGUUCUGGUUCGGCGAGGGAUCCAAGUACCCCGGCUCGAGCAUCACAGUGGUGGGCACCCUGUCUUACGGCCCAACUCCCUGGGAAUUGGUGGUCAUCGGCGGCACUGGAAAGUUCCGAGGAUACUCUGGCUACGGACUGUCCCAGCCCGAGAACUCCACCACCGUGCCUCCGAUUUACGUGUACAAGUGGAACUUCUACCUCACCAAGAAGUAGACGAUAACUGGUCGUGGCGAAGAUCGUGUGCAUGUAGCUUAGAGCACCAGAUUUUGGCUCCUCAACACGGAAACCCAUGCCAAGCUUGAGCUGACGAUAUAGAAGUCUAGGGUACACCACGCAUCAACAGCUGAUCCUCACGUUGCUGGGGAGUUUGCGAAAGCGGAGACUUCCGGUACAUCAUUGAUCGGAAUAAUGAGUGAUCUGUUGUGAACAGUUUCAUUCGAGUGUUCAUUCUUCGAGUACAAUAAAUAAAAAUAGAAGAAUAAAAAAUUCUACCCUGCUCAA